UUAAAAUUCUGAAUGAAAUCAACAGACACACAAACACAGUUUGUUUAAAUCUUGGACCGAGAGCAGUUUCAGCAGUUUGUACAAAUUGAAUCAUACAUGUAUUUGUACUUUAUAAAUGUAGGUGAUAUAUAUUACUGCUCAAGAUAAAUUACUUCAUUAAUUUAUGCAUAUUUUUUACCUAAAGCUGUCUGGGAUAAAGCACAAUUUCUUCAGAAAAAUGGCCAUACAGGAUCCAGAAGACAGAUUUAAAGCUGUGUGGUUGAUUAUGUUAAUGCUUGGAUUAGGGUCUUUAUUGCCAUGGAAUUUCUUCAUGACUGCCAUUAUGUACUUUAACCAGCGUCUAGCUGAUGCUGCUCCAGCUAACGCGACUGUAACAGAGAGUCGAAAUGCCCUGCAAGCCAUAUUCAACAACGCAAUGACUUUAUGUGCCAUGAUCACCCUCUUAAUCUUCACCUGCCUUAACUAUAUUAUACACCAGAGAAUUUCUCAAAAGAUAAGGAUUCUUGGUAGUCUGGUAUCCAUCCUGGUGGUGUUUUGUGUGACUGCCAUCUUUGUUAAAUUACCUAUUGAACCCAUGCCCUUUUUUGUGAUUACUAUGAUAAAGAUAAUAAUUAUAAAUGCAUUUGGAGCCAUACUACAGGGCAGUCUCUUUGGCAUGGCUGGUGUAUUACCUGAAGGAUAUAUGACACCCAUCAUGAGUGGUCAGGGUCUGGCUGGAACCUUUGCUUCAUUUGCUCUGAUCUGUGCUAUGGCAAGUGGUUCAGAUUUGAUGGACUGUGCUUUUGGCUACUUCAUCACAGCCUGCGCUGUUAUCAGCCUUGCCAUUUUGUCCUACAUAAUCCUUACCAAACUGGAAUAUUAUCAAAACUAUCAAUACAGGAAUAUUAUCAAGGAGAAAAGCCAGAAUGGUGGCAACAGUGAAAGGAUGAGCAUGAGUGAAGAAGUUCACCAAAAUCCCUCACUUCUGAGCAUCUUUUCAAAGAUCUGGGUAAUGGCUCUGUCUGUGUGCUUUUCUUUCACCAUCACCAUUAGUGCAUUUCCUGCUGUCAUUGUAGAUGUGAAAUCUACUAUUUCUGAGGGAGGUCUUUGGGAGAAAUACUUUAUUCCUGUGUCUGGGUUUCUGCUCUUUAACCUGUGUGACUUCCUGGGACGGAGUCUAACUGCUGUAUGCUUGUGGCCCGGAAAGGACAGCAAAAUUCUGCCCGCUCUUCUGUUUGCACGUCUGAUCUUUGUGGCUCUUUUCAUGCUGUGUAAUGUCCAGCCACGCCACAGCAUUCCUGUCUACUUCUCACACGAUGCCUGGUUCACCAUCUUCAUCGUCCUCUUCGCUUUCUCUAACGGUUACCUAGCCAGCCUAUGCAUGUGUUUUUGUCUAAAGCUAGUAAAUACACAUGAAGCAGAGACAGCUGGAGCCAUCAUGGCCUUUUUCAUCACUCUUGGCCUCACCUUUGGUGCAUCGUUUUCCUUCCUGUUCCGAGGGGUCAUUUGAGGUCAACUUUUGAUGUGACAGUGUUUGAAUUUGAGUGAUACUACGAAUCCUAAUAGUAUUUGUAAAUUCUUCAUUUUCAUGCUGUUAUACUACUAGUUUGUUGUUUUUAAACAAAAGGAACAUGUACUUGUCUCUCAAAAUAUAUGAAUUAUAGUAAAAAAAUAAAUACAAAUAAUGAGUACAUUUAUACUAAAAUCGACUCCACCAGUUGGUGUAAACCUUAUGAUCCAAUCUAAAUGAAAUUUUAGAGAAUUUCAUCUGAACUCUUGCUACAUAUAGAAUAGAUUACAUAUGUGGGAAA